AUGGAUAUUGAAAAACCGCUUUUGCCAGUUUUGUCAGCCAAUAACUGCGGUAUAAACUCUGAAGUUGAUUAAGAGAGUUUGUAAAUAAAAAAUAAAAAUUCAGCAGAAGAUGAUUAGUCAUUUUAAACCAAUUAAGAUCUGCAGUAUUAAGGUGAAUAAAAAAACGAAAUUCAAAAUUAAAGCAUAAGCAAUUGUUCUAAUGACUUUGAUAAUAAAAAAACGAAAUAUUAAAAAUAUGCUGUUUUAGUUUUGAUAAAUCUUUCCUUCUUGCUACUUAGUUUAUCUCUUCAUUUAGAAAGAUUAAACCAUUUAUAUUCUGAAUCUAUUAGAUAUAAUUAUGUUUUAGUAGGAUUAUCGUCUGCUAUAGUUUUGAUUUUUAACAUUUUGGUAUGGUAUAUUCCAAAAAAAAGAGUAUGCUUAAUAUUAUCUUCUCUGGUGCUAAGUGUAUUUGCAUAAGUCUUCUUAAUUACUUUCUUUUAGAGUUUAACUAGUGAAAAUCACUAUAAAGAGGCAUUUGUAUGUAGCGCUUACUUUAUUACAGGUAGUAUUACCUUUUAUGGGUUUAGCUUUUUAUUCCCUUAAAUUGAAAAAAAAAAUGUGCAUUUAGCAAUUGCAUUCAGUUUAAUUAUAGCAUUAAUAAUCUUGAUUUUUUUAUUAUCUACAUUUUGGAUAAUAAUCUCUGCUACUAUAGGUGGUAUAUAUAUUUCUGUUUUUAUUAGCUAGUUUGAAGAAAAGCUAGAAUUUUAAUCAUACAGAGAAAGUAUACUUUUUACACUUAAAAUGUGGAUAAUAUUAAUCCCAUUAGCUAUUGCUACAAUGAUUUAUAUUCUAUAUAAAAUUAGUUGA